AUGUUGCAUGGGUUUGACCUGCUGCGCAAGCAGUAUGUCAAGUACGCGUCUCAGUCUGGUGGCCCGACCUCGCCGCUCAAAACGGUAGAAACGUUGGCGGCCAGGCUUAUAGACGAUGCCUCCUCGCAGGAAGAUCGUCGCGCUGCCAUUCUCUCGCUCAAAGGCUUAGUGCGUGACCAUGCAGACGAAGUGAGCCAACAUGCCCUUGUUCCGUUAGUCCGUUGGAUCAUGAAGGGUGAGAAGGAGGAAGAAAUGCUACGUGCAGCUGUUGAAUGCUGUGUAUCGCUGUGCCAAAUCACGCCUGACGAUCAGCAUGGCAAGCAUCGUGCGCUACAAAACAUGUCGCGCUUGCUCGGUGAGAAAGAUGCCUUGCUGUCUCUGUUGCGCCUUCUGUCGCCGCAGCACUCUUUCUACACACGCUUCGGUGCACUGCAGCUGCUCGUGUAUAUCGUAGAGCACCGCCGCGUGGAGGUGCAGGAGUAUGUGCUGACAGCGCCCGGCGGCUGUAGCGCUGUGCUGCAAUGCUUAGAAGCCUCGCCCAGCUCUAGCACAGAAAUCAUUCGAAACGAGGCUCUUCUUUUGCUUCCGCAGCUCGUAAAGGAUAGUGCGGAUAUCCAGAAGAUCGUCGCGUUUGAAGGAGCCUUUGAGCGCCUGCUUGAUAUUAUCGCCCAGGAGGGCCGUAUUGAAGGUGGGGUGGUCGUCCAAGACGCACUGGAAGGGCUGGAAGCACUGCUGAUGCACAACGUCUCCAACCAAAACUAUUUCCGCGAAACGCUGAGCAUUCCUCUCCUUGCGCCGCUCUUGUUUUAUCCCCCGCCUCUGCCAGCACAUGCACCUGAAGGCGCUACCAACGAAUUUAUAUCCCAACGCAACGCGUUCUUGCUCCAGGAGUGGGACGAACAGAAACUUACCAAUGCGCUACUCCUCUUGCGCUGCAUCCGGCACCUUGUUGAUGGCCAAGGUGAGGGCCACCGCGCGAAUCAGCAAGUCAUGUGCAAAGUGGGCCUGGUCGAUGCGCUCGCGCAACUGGCCUUGGCAAGCUUGGCGCCGCCUCUUUUGAAGGCACAUACCUUGCACCUUUUGGCGGCUCUCCUGCGUGGCUCGCGACCUACACAGGAGCUGUUUAGCACUAUGGUCGUGUCGCCUGUAGCGCUUGUGCAAGGUGCUAGUCCAGAAGGGAUGCCGGCACCGGUGGAGCUGUCAUGGCAAGCGCCGCAGCCUGCCAUGCUUUGCCUUAUCUCACUAGCACUACGUGGCCCAGGUGGCUCGACUGACUCGCAGCUGUCGUUGGGCGUUCGUGCUGCAGCGGUGCAUGCCUUUGAGGCAUUGGUCGAGCACAAUAUGGAUAUCCGUAUGACGCUGUGGCACGCAUUUGUCGCUGCGCCUGUGCCGGAGCAAACGCAUGGCAAUCCGUCGCAUUUGCUGCUAGAUUCGGUGGUGCAUUUGCCCAACACGUCUUUGCUCACCUCGUCGACGCCGCACAGGUUUGAUGUGUACCAAUACCUCUUUGCCUCUAUUAUGCUGGGAUACCUUUUGCAAGGUAGCGAUACUGCGAAAGAGUUUGCUCGGCGUGUGCGCCUCAACGAGGAAGGACGCUGUGUCGCCGAUGCGGCUGUCCCAUCGCUGGACGACGAUGAGCCGGCUACGUUGGUCCAUGUGGUCAUUGGCAACUUGGCUAUGGCGCUGCGAGAGCAUGGCGAGACGCUGCGUCGUGAGCGUGCUGCGCAGGCCACGCAUGGCAACUCGUCCGAAGACUGGACAAAGGUCAUGGUCGGCUACCUUGUUCUGCUUAGUGUAUGGCUCUGGCAAAGUCCCGAGAGCAUUGCGGACUUUUUAUCAGAGAGUGCAAACUUGCAAGUCCUUGUGCAGCCUGCCGCGCAGUCCACGGGCGUCGACCCGCUGCUACAAGGCCUGGCAGUGUUUGUGCUGGGCAUUGCAUACGAGUUCCACGGCGUGCAAGAGCACGAGACGGAUGGCGUGCUGACUCGCUCGUCGAUGCAUCCCAUCCUGAUGACGCGCAUUGGCGUCGACCAGUUUAGCACGCGAAUCCUCGCUGUAAAGAGCGAUGCUCGUUUCACGUCGUGCACGCCCGAGACCCUGGAAGACGUGCUUACGACCGAGUCGCCGACCCUUUGGUUCACGUGGCCAUUUGUUGAGUUCUGGAAAGACAACUACGUGCGUAUUCAAAAGUCCAUUCUAGUCGACCCGAAAAUGGCCUCCUCGACGACCAACACGUCCACGGAAUUGCAAGAUGCUCGCGAACGCUUGGCAUCACUGCAAGAAGAACUGACUCGGGCGCAGUCAAGCACGUCCAAUGUGGAUGCUCUCAAAGACGAGCUGGCUCAAACUACCGAGUCGCUUGCUUUAGCGCACAAAGAGACGCAGGCAGCGCAAGAGGCGCAUAGCGCUACUGUCAAAGAGCUGGAAGCCGCGCAUGCUUCGCACCAAGCGAGCCACAGGGAAUGGGAGGCAGCGCAGGCUACGCUGCAAAGCGAGUUGGCACAUAUACAAGAGUCGCUUCGGACGACAAAGGCGCAGCUUGCUACGUUGGAGGGCGAAUUGGCCACAGCACGUACGCAGACGUCCUCACAGGCGUUGGCUGUGAAAGACGAGGAUGCCGUCACGACACGGGCCUUGGAGGCAGCGCGGCAUGAAGCGGCUACUGCUCAGGCCCAUGCAGCGAAGCUCGAGCAGAAGCUUGAGCACCAUGAAGACCUGAUUCGUGUUCUCCAUGAGCGCAUUGCCGAGGCGGAUAAGGCACGCACGGCGACGGCGCCGUCGGCGCCGUCGCCCAACGACAAGGAUUUGGCCGAGCAAGUGAGCACUCUGCAAAGCGAGAACGAAGACUUGCUGGUCCUCCUGGAUGAUCUCAUGCAAAAGCGGAAGCAGGACAAGAUACGUAUGCGCGACGCUGGGUGGGAUGUGAGCGAGGACGAAGACGACGAGGACGAGAACGAUCAACCCUAG